AUUGCACAAAGUUGAGGACUAUAUUUUGGGCCGCUGUGAGAGACUGCAUAUUUCACUAAUCCUACUCCCUACCCAAUUGCCAGGCCCACAAGUAGGAGUCCGUCCAUCGUUCAAUUCAAGAAGAAAUUAAGAUAAGGAAAAACAACACUAUGCUGAGAGUCUGAAACGAAAACCUGGGAGUUUCUUCAACUGUUGCCAGUCACACAUAACAUACGUAUGAACCGUUGCUGAAGCAAAUCAAUGGCAGCUUACAGCAGAAGUAUGAGCACGUUUACAUAGAAUUGUUGAGGAUCUUGUCUGCUGGCUGCUCGAGAAUCUGCUGUGGGCUGAGCCAGGAACAAAAUGGUGCUGGGGGGUCGCUUCCUGAUGUCAAGAACUCUCUCUUUUGCUGCCGCGCCGCCCACCACACCCACCACCCUUCAAGAAUUCGCGUCGAUUCAUCCGAAAGGAAGCAUUGCAAAGGUUGUGUUGAAGAAGGGAAAGACUCAACUGUUUAGAGAUGGUAGCCCAAUGGUAUAUAGUGGCGCCGUUGAUAGAAUAAUCGGUAGACCACCACCUGUAACUGGCGACGUUGUCCUGGUCGCUGAUGGGACUGAGAAACCAAUUGGUUGGGGCUUAUACAAUUCAGUUUCUAUGUUCUGCGUGCGGCUGAUGCAGCUAGAUGAUGAAGCAGCACGAGAUCCUUCGUGUGUGCUGAACGUGGACAAACUGCUUGAAACUAGAAUCAACGAGGCUGUCGCACUAAGAGAACGGCUUGGGCUUCCUUCAUCCAGGACAAAUGCAUAUCGUCUUGUCAACAGUGAAGGAGAUCGGUUGUCAGGCCUUAUAGUUGAUGUUUUUGGAGAUGAGGCUGUGAUUGCUUCCUCUGCUGCCUGGGUCGAAAAGUACAAGCAACAGAUAAAAGUCUGCAUAAGUAGAAUAAACAAUAUCAAACAUAUAACCUGGAGACCAUCCAUCGAUAUCUUGAAGGAAGAAGGGAUGGAUAUAUCUGAUUCAGAAGAUGUAGAUCCGUCAAAUUCUCCCAGGAUGGCAAAGGUUGUGGAGAAUGGUGUUUCCUAUUUAGUCUCCUUGGAGGGGCAAAAGACUGGCUUCUAUGCUGAUCAGCGUGAGAACCGCCAAUAUAUAUCAUCAAUCUCUGAGGGUCAGAAAGUACUUGAUAUUUGCUGUUAUACUGGAGGUUUUGCCCUAAAUGCAGUACUUGGUGGUGCUCUAAAUGUAACAGGUGUUGAUUCAUCUUCUCCUGCUCUGGACAUUGCGAAGGAGAACAUUGUUCUGAAUAACCUUGAUUCUGGAAUAAUAUCAUUUCUGAGACAAGAUGCUACAUAUUUUAUGAAGAAUGCAAUCUCUAAUGGUGAUUCAUGGGAUAUAGUUAUUCUCGAUCCACCAAAACUAGCACCGAGGAGAAAGGUAUUACAAAGCGCAUGUGGGAUGUAUAGGAAUUUAAAUUCCUUGGCUAUGCAACUAACAAGAAGGGGUGGACUUUUAAUGACCUGCUCCUGUUCCGGUGCUAUGACCCAAAGUGGGAUGUUCCUCCGAAUUCUACAGGGUGCUGCAUCCAUGGCUGGUAGAAAGAUUACAGUUAUACGCCAAGCUGGAGCAGCCUGUGAUCAUCCCAUUGAUCCUUCUUAUCCAGAGGGGGAAUACCUCUCCAACGUUCUACUUAGAGUGCUAUGAGGCUCAAAUUUCCAUGCUAACCAAAUGAAUAGUCUUCCUCACUGCUACAAAUAUUCACAGAUUUGGAAGAAGAAAACGGCUUCCUACAGAGUAUGCUGAUAUGUCAACAGGGUAAAACUGCAAGACAUCACCAGAAAUGUUGAGAUGUGGAUAUAGUUUCAUAAAACAAGAAAAUCUCACGGCUAGUUUUUGUCUUUGUGCCAAACCUUAGAAAGAUCGAUGGAACUAUAAUGAAUUAUUAUUUGCAAGGCAAGCUAGUGACAGCUUCACAUUUCCCUCAUUCGAAGAAGGGGUUAUACCUUAUUUUUCA